CACCAUGUCAGACAAGGCCGCCCCUUCCCAAUGCCUGGGUCCAAACUACCGCGCCGAGGGUGAAAAGCCCACGGCGACCGUAUCGAAGAAAGUCCGCCAUGACAACGUCCACACGUCCCGAGCCACUCCCCGCCAACUCCUUGAGCAGNNUAUGAUCCGCGACCACCGCACCAAUCGUGCCGAUUUCAUCUUCUACUCGAACCGCAUCAUCCGUUUGCUUGUCGAAGAAGGCCUGAACCACCUGCCCGUCAUCCAGCAAGAAAUCACCACCCCCGUCGGCCGUCAUUACAAUGGUGUCAAGUUUGAGGGAAAGAUAUGCGGUGUCAGCAUCAUGCGCGCCGGCGAAUCCAUGGAACAGGGUCUCCGUGAUUGCUGCAGAAGCGUACGCAUCGGCAAGAUCCUGAUCCAGAGAGACGAGGAGACGAGCCAGCCUCGUCUCUUCUACGAGAAGCUGCCCGAAGACAUCAAGGACAGAUGGGUCCUCUUACUAGACCCCAUGCUCGCUACCGGCGGGUCUGCAUUGAUGGCCGUCGAGGUCUUGAGACAAAAGGGUGUGCCGGAGGAUCGCAUCCUCUUCCUCAAUCUCAUUGCCAGCCCGGAAGGUGCCGACAACUUUGCAGAGAAAUUCCCUAAAGUGAGAAUUGUUACCGCCUUCAUCGAUGAAGGCUUGGAUGAGAAGAACUACAUCGUCCCAGGUCUCGGAGACUUUGGAGAUCGAUUCUACACCCUU